CCUUCAUUAUUCUUCUCUCCAUGCGGCUCAUAAACAUCAGUUUUUCCACAGACCUUCCUCUUUAGUCGGAUCUGCCUAAAUUGUGUUUUUGCAGUCAGUCUUUUUCAUUUUAUAGUCAUGUUUAUGUCCUGGAUUCUCCCCGCUCUCCUCAUCGUUACCAGCCAGACUUUGCGGAGCGAAGCUGAUCCGAUCUAUGGAAAAGUUGGUGGCUCCAUUGAUCUGAAUCCAGGUCCGAUUUCAGAGACCAUCAAGUCAGCAACAUGGAAGCACAACGCAGACCUUGCCGUGGAGUGGUUUGGGCAGGAACUUGUUAGUUAUAGAACUUUUGAAGGUCGCUGUGACUUUGAUAAAACAAGUGGAAGUUUGACCAUCAACAAUCUGACUCUAGAGGACAGAGGCAGCUACACACCUGAGAUCAACAACAAAGUUCUGGAGAAGAAGGAACUCCAGGUUAUCAAACCGGUCCCAAAACCCACAGUGUCCAUAAAGUACAACCAUGAGAAGGAUGCCUGGAGUCUCACCUGUGAAGCCCAAGUCACUGCUGACUUUGGACCUGUGACGUAUAAAUGGAAAACAGGUGACACAGAGUUGUCCACCGACAAGGAGCUGCUGAUAACAACGGAGAAUAAGGAAAGCUCCUUUUUCUGUGAGUUGGUAAACCCUGUCAGCAGCAGCUCCAGUGAAACAGUGGAAAACCCCUUUAUCAGAGCUGAUCUGAUGUAUGGAAAAGUUGGUGGCUCCAUUGUUCUGAAUCCAGGUCAGAUUUCAGAGCCUAUUGAGAAAGUGAAAUGGAGGUACAAAUCAAACUCUCGCUGGUGGCCAUUGUGGCAGGACAUUGAUAGUAAAAGUUUCCAAGGUCGCUGUGACUUUGAUAAAACAAGUGGAAGUUUGACCAUCAACAGUCUGACUCUAGAGGACAGCGGCAGCUACAUAGUUGAGAUCAACAACAAAGUUCUGGAGAUGAAGAAACUCCANUCCUUUUUCUGUGAGUUGGUAAACCCUGUCAGCAGCAGCUCCAGUGAAACAGUGGAAAACCCCUUUAUCAAAGAGGUGAACUUCCUGGUGUCCUUUACCACGUUCUCCUGCUGA